UUUCACUCCGACAUCUUAACGGUGGGACAUCAUGCCUCCUAAAGACGCCAAGGGGAAGGGGAAGGAUUCCGGGAAGUCCAAAAAGGACAAGGAUCCAGCCAACAAAUCCGGAGGCAAAGCCAAAAAGAAGAAGUGGUCCAAGGGAAAGGUGAGGGAUAAGCUCAACAACCUGGUCCUCUUCGACAAGGCCACCUAUGAAAAGUUGAACAAGGAAGUGCCCAACUACAAGCUCAUCACACCAGCAGUUGUGUCCGAGAGGCUAAAGAUCAGAGGGUCUCUGGCUAGGGCUGCCCUCCAGGAACUGCUCAGCAAAGGCAUGAUCAAGUUGGUGUCAAAACACAGAUCGCAGGUGAUCUACACACGUAACACCAAGGGUCCCGAGGAGGAGGGUGGUGUUGUGGUUCCAGACAAGCCAGAGAAGCCUGAGAAGGCAGCUAAGGCAGCAAAGGGAGAGAAGGGAGAAAAGGAAGAGAAAGCAUAAACUGGUUGUGAUUCCUGUGUUCAGAUGUGAUGUACGGUGAAUAAAAUUCUUAAAAGAGAUUUGCAUUUCGUUUUUUUGUAUUCCUUGUGAUAUUCUCCCUGAUGUAGCUCCAGAUCAUUUAGCUUGAAUGAGUUGACACUCGAUUGCAUUUGGCUGGAGAUCCGUCAAUCUAGUUUCAGAAUGACAACUCUAUUUGAUAUUCUAAUGUACACAGCAAUUGAUCUAACAAUAUCCACAAGGUGCAAACCUUGAUUUUGAACAAAUUGGGGUUACAAUAUCACAAUGUUUCCUCUGCAUGAAAACACUUAAACUCACUUCAACUUCACUAUGAACAUCAUUGCCAAAUCCAGGGCCUCAGACCUGCCAAUAACAAACCCUGCCAUUGACUGUUGGUGUUUUUUUUAGCUUUGCCCUUGCAUCAAAUAAGUUUGAAAAUGUAAUCCCGAUGGGAGAGGACAGUGCUGUGGCGUGUAACAUAAAACUAAGUGGUGUGACGUGUUGUGGCGGUAUUACACUAUCAAAAUGGUGCUUUGGGACUGAAGACGAGCGGGCUGAGGCGUCCCCUUGGAGGCCCACUGCUGAGGAUGUUUACACCUCACUUAGUGUGUUGUGUUCAAUUAGUAUCAAUGCUUCCCUUUAUAAUGGAACUCGCCCAACCCUACAUUUGUGCUUUCACUUGAGCUGUAUUUGUUAAUUUUGUCACCCAUUAAAUUCAGUAGGACCUCCGGGUUCCUGUAUUCC